AUGAUGAUUGAUACAGACACACUGGAAACCUUUCGUGACAUCGUUAAAGAAGUUAUUAAAGCAGAAAAUGACGCCCUACGAGAAGAAAUCAACAGGGCUGUGUCGCCAAUCCACCAGAUGCUUGAGGAUUGCCAUGACAAACUACGCAACCACGAGCACGAACUGACCGCGCUGGACACACGAAUGUUAGCUAUGGAGGCUAAUUGCAAGGAGAUGAGCAACAGGUACGAGAAACUACAGCUAAAAAUUGAUGACCUGGAGAAUAGAGGAAGACGAUGCAACCUUCGCAUUUUAGGGGUGCCUGAAGGGCUAGAACAGGGCAAUCCGAGUGGAUUCAUAGCUGAACUGUUAUAUAGGGUGCUUGGUGAUGGCCCAAAUGGGUUGGAGAAGCCCCCUGUUUUGGAUCGAGCGCACCGAACUGCUACGCGGGCAGCAGCUGACGGAGGAAGGCCGCGGCCAUUUAUCGUCUGUGUCCACCACUAUCAAGAAAAGGAACGCAUUCAGCGCCUCGCAAGGGAGAAGGGUCGACUGGAGUUUCAUGGAAAACAAAUCCUAAUCUUUCCGGACUACAGUGCAGAUCUGACCAGACGCAGGGCAGCUUUCAAUGAGGUAAAAGUUUCACUCCGACAACAAGAGGGAGUUCGUUAUCGGGCUCCUCUACCCUGCUCGACUCCGUGUCUCCUAUAA